CUUCGCUGUCAUCAUCACGCUCCUUCGCGACCUAGAUAUCCUCCGCCGUUAGCGACUCAUCCAUUGCAUUUCUUUUCCCUGUUCUCUUUGCGCACGCUUGUGCUAUCCCUCAACCCUCAAUAGCUUAUCUAGCAGCUAGCUAGACUCGUCAUCAGCAUGCCGGGAGUUCCACUCGACGCCAUGGACCAGAUGAAGAAGGCCUUCAAGGGUCUCUUCAAGGGCAAGAAGUCCAAGAAGGAGGAGCCAAAGCCCACGGCCACUGGAGAGGCUGCUGCUGCGACGCCUGCGCAGACCAAGCCCAGCGAGACUACGCCGGCUGCCCCAGCCCCCGCAACUGCGCCCGAGCCCGCGAAGACUGAGACGACACCUGUGGCUACAGGCGCCGAGCCAGCUCCGCCUGUGCCAGCGCCUGCUGAGCCUGCUGCAGCUCCAGCUUCAGAUCCAGCUCAGAGCGAGGUGAAGAAGGAUGAAGCUGCGGCCCUGACUGAGGUCAAGCAAGCCACGUCCAGUAGGUUUACAUCUUGUUACGACUUACGCCAGAUACGACACUUGUUUUCACUAGUACUUCUCAUAUCUUCUGCAUCACUCAAAACACCCAGACUAACGUAUCAUCUUCCAGCCCCCGAACCCGUUGGUGCCGUUGCGCCCGCUCCCCCGACUGCUGCCGAAGCUCAGCCCGCUGCUACCGAGGCCCCCAAGGAUACUGAGGUCAAGGUGACGGAUACACCUGCACCCGCUGCCCCCGUGGAAAUGCCUGCCGUGCCUAACAGCCAGCCCGCUGCCGGCAUGAGCGCGACAAGCGGUCCUAUGUUUGAUGAGCCCAACUUUGGCGGGGACAAGGCUGCUGCGCCCGCCGCACCAGCUGCGGCACCAGCUCCCGUUGCGCAGGCUGAGGAGCCCGUCGCUCCUGUCCCGACCCCUGCGGCUACUGCUCCUGUUGCCGAUGCUCCUGCACCUGCGCCUGCUGCGGAGCCUACCGCUACUGCUGCUGCCCCAGCCGCCGCUGAGGAGAAGGCAGAGAAAUAGAAAGCUUGCGUCUGGGCUUGAGAAUAGUCCACAGGCAUGAAAGUAAAGUUGGAGAGCAUCUUCUGCAGGGGACGUCGCAUCAGAAAACGGUUCAGAAAACUACGAAAAAAAAUCUCUUGAAUACAGCGGGCGAAGGGCGCGAGUGUCGGGCUAGGUUUUCAGCAUUGUCUCUUUCCACUAAUACUAUACCCCACUGCUGUAUCUUUCGACGGGUAUUGAGCUGUCGGCGAGAUUGCCUUGAAUCGAACGAUUUCCAUGAUGAUUCCUGCUCUGAUGUCUGGUGAAUGUAAAUGAAUCAUCGUCAUUGUAUUGCCCAAAGCUCCAACUAGCGCGGGGCAACAGCAGCCGCGCUACACGUCAAGGAAAGCCCCACCAC